AAAACCAGACCAAAAAUCACAUUCAAUCAUGGAUCACAACAACACUCACCACGAGUCCAGAGACGAUACUGAGAGAGUCGAGCCUGGCGAGCUAUUCGAAGAUUGCUGGUUUUUCGACAACUUGCUGCACAGAAAAUCAAGGAUGCUCAGAAGCCUUUCCGAGCCCUGCACAUCAUCAAACUACGGGCAAGAUGAGAAUUUGCCAGAAAAAUCUUACGAGGAGACCUACCGUUCGAUCGAGAAGUUGUCCAUUCGCGACCGCAAAACGGAAGGGAAGAGUUUGAUCAAGGAUCAGAAAAUUGUUCCUCAAAGGAGCAAAAGAUCAAACAAAAACAAAAAAUCGUCGAGAUGUUUGAACCGGGCUCCAUCCCUGCCGACUAGCCUCGAGCCUGAGGAGUUUGAAGAUGACGAAAUUGAGUUCUCUAUGGGAAAACUGAUCAGACAAGCUUCUAUGAACUAUUCGGACACUCUGCCUCCUAGGGCACAUUCUACUAAGAUAUUAACGCCAAGUCCCAGCAUGACAAGGCAGAGAUCAAUAAUAAAACCUGAGGUUGAGGGAAGUAAAAUCGAGGGCACGGAGAAGAUAACCAGACCUCAACGUCCGACGAACCAACUCAGAAAGCAGAGAAGCGUAAUCGAGCUGGAAUCCGAAGAAUUUCAAGGGUUUAAAGAUCUGGGAUUCGAUUUCGACGAGGAGGAGCUGAGCAUGAUAUGGGGCUUGUCGGACAAGAAGGAUAUCCAAGAGGAUGAAGGGAAAAGCAGUAGAGUUCGGAGACUACAUAGUUCAGAGGCUUGGAGCGCACAGAGCCGCUCUGCGCCGCCGGUGAUGUGGGGCGGGAAACGUUCGACCGAGGAUGUGAAGGCGCAGAUCAAGUUCUGGGCCAGGGCGGUGGCGUCUAACGUGCGCCAGGAGUGCUGAUGGCCGGCUUGACCGCCGUAAUUAAAUAAAUUAAAAAAAUAAUAAUUAAAUGAUAAAUAAGAGAAAUAUUGAAAAUUUCUUAAUUUUUUUUUUUUUUUGU